AACCCUAAAAUCAAAAUAUUUCCAUCGAUGCUUCUUCACUCGCCCGUGUUCUUGGCGGAUUUUCGUGCGGCUAGCGGCGCUCUCCUCGGCAAUCCCUCCGCGCUUCCGCGCUUCUUGAGCCCGCUGAUCGGCCGAGUCUCGCAGGCCUCUUCUUCCUCCGGCGUGAAGUACCAUCAAUCCAGGGCCAUGGCUCAUGAAUCCCAGGCCGCUCCAGCCCCUUCCAUCGUUGUUUAUGUGACAGUUCCCAACAAGGAAGAAGGAUCCAAAUUGGCGUCGAGUAUCAUCACCAAGAAGCUCGCCGCCUGUGUCAAUCAAAUCCCCGGUAUUGAAUCUACAUAUUGGUGGGAAGGCAAGGUCGAAACGGACUCGGAGGUGUUGCUGAUAAUAAAGACGAAGAAAAGUUUGCUGGACGAGCUUACUGCACAUGUGAUUCAGAGCCACUCUUACAAGACCCCUGAGGUAAUUGCUCUUCCGAUCCAGGGUGGAAAUCCGGCGUAUCUCAAGUGGAUAGAGGAGAGCACGAAGUAAAAUGAUGCCCAGGUUAAUCUUCAAGCAAUAGUAAUGUUCUGUUUUCUUGCUGCAUCUCGUCUUUCAACGAUUUCCCUGUC